GCCGCCUCCCGCCGCGCCGCGGAGAUGGCGGCGGGGCUGCGCGCCGCCGGGUUCCCCGCCUGGAAGCGGCACAUCGCGGCGGAGCUGCGGCGGCGGGACCGGCUGCAGCGGCAGGCCUUCGAGGAGAUCAUCGCGCAGUAUAACAAGCUACUGGAGAAGUCGGACCUGCAUGCAGUGCUGGCUGAUAAGCUGCAAGCAGAGAAAUAUGAUGUGCAAAGCAGACACGAAAUCAGUCCAGGGCAUGAUGGCACAUGGAAUGAUGCUCAGCUGCAGGAACUGGCCCAGCUGAAAAUAAAGCAUCAAGAGGAGCUGACAGAACUGCAUAAGAAACGUGGCGAGUUGGCCCAGUCUGUAAUUGAUCUGAAUAAUCAAAUGCAGCAGAAAGACAAAGAGAUGCAGAUGAAUGAAGCUAAGAUUGCAGAGUAUUUGCAAAAGAUCUCUGAACUGGAAACAGAGUGCCAGGAGUUGCGUAACAAGCUGCAAGAUCUUGAACGAGCUAAUCAGACACUGAAAGAUGAAUAUGAUGCUCUCCAGAUCACCUUCAAUGCUCUGGAAGAAAAACUGAGGAAAACUACUGAAGAUAACCAGGAGCUGGUCUCACGUUGGAUGGCGGAGAAAGCACAGGAAGCCAAUCGUUUGAAUGCAGAAAAUGAAAAGGAUUCAAGGAGACGACAAGCCAGGCUGCAGAAGGAGCUAGCAGAAGCUGCCAAAGAGCCACUGCCUGUUGAACCCAGGGAUGAUGAUAUUGAAGUGCUUACAGAUGAAACCUCUGACACAGCGGAGGAAACAUCUCCAGUGCGAGCUGUCAGCCGAACACCCAGUAAGCGACUCUCCCAGCCAGCUGGAGGCCUUCUGGACUCUAUCACUAAUAUCUUUGGUCUGUCUGAGUCUCCCCUUUUGGGACAUCAAUCUUCUGAUGCUGCCAGGAGACGUUCUUUAUCCUCGUUCCCUGCUCCCCAGGAAAAUGCAGAGCCACAUCCAGGUUCCAGUAAAGAAGUGAGGGUGCCCACUACUGCCAUAUGUGUCUUUGAUGCACAUGAUGGGGAGGUGAACGCAGUGCAGUUCAGCCCUGGCUCCCGGUUACUAGCAACAGGAGGCAUGGACCGGAGGGUUAAGCUUUGGGAAGUCUUGGGAGAUAGGUGUGAGCCCAAAGGUUCCCUCUCUGGUAGUAAUGCUGGGAUUACAAGCAUAGAAUUUGACAGUGCUGGUUCUUACCUCUUAGCAGCUUCAAAUGAUUUUGCCAGCAGAAUCUGGACGGUCGAUGACAAUCGAUUACGGCAUACCCUGACAGGUCACAGCGGUAAAGUUCUGUCAGCCAAGUUCUUGCUGGACAAUGCGCGCAUUGUUUCAGGAAGUCAUGACCGGACCCUCAAGCUUUGGGACCUCCGCAGCAAAGUUUGUAUAAAAACAGUGUUUGCAGGAUCUAGCUGCAAUGACAUCGUAUGUACUGAGCAGUGUGUAAUGAGUGGACAUUUUGAUAAGAAAAUUCGUUUCUGGGACAUCAGGACUGAAAGCAUAGUAAAAGAGUUAGAGCUGUUUGGGAGAAUCACAGCUCUGGAUCUGAACUCAGAGCGAACAGAGCUUCUGACCUGUUCCCGUGAUGAUCUAUUGAAGAUCAUCGAUCUACGGGUCAGUGCUGUCAAGCAGACAUUCAGUGCCCAAGGAUUUAAAUGUGGAUCUGACUGGACAAGAGUUGUGUUCAGCCCUGAUGGUAACUAUGUGGCUGCUGGUUCAGCUGAUGGGGCCCUCUACGUCUGGAAUGUGCUCACUGGGAAAUUGGAGAGAAUGCUUGCAAAGCAUCACAGUUCUCCUAUCAAUGCCGUCGCAUGGUCACCAGUGGGUGCCCAUGUGGUCAGUGUGGACAAAGGAAACAAGGCUGUCCUGUGGUCUGAAUUUUGACUGGACGGAGGGCGAAAGGCAGAGCAUCCAGUGCCUCCGUGUAUGGUGGUGCUGGUCCGUGGCUGAACAGAAUGGAGACCCGAGCCCAGAUCCAUCAUGAGUGGGUGUUUUAAUGAGUGCAUGGGCUUUGCUUUCCAAUGGGAAGCUCUAAAGCGAUGGAGAAGGAGCCUGAGUCAGAGACUUCUCGUGGCUGUAGCCGCACUGUGGCAUUCGGACUCAGCACGGGAUUAGCUGAUCUGGAUGGAGAAUGUUACUUAGUCAUGCCUUUACAUGCAGUAUCUAUGCACUGAGCAGAGCUGAAGAUACUAGUGGGAUUCCUCACCAGACAGCUGUGCCAAAUACCCUGUCACACAAAUGUAUCUACAGCACUUCUGAGUUGGAAAUGUUGGAAAGAAGUUACUGUGUAUUCUGACUUGUCCUGUCUCCUGUGUUCUGUUCUUGUGGCCUAGUUUAGGCGUGGGGUGUGAAAAUCCUGAAAUAUGGACACAUCCUAGGCAGCCUGUUAAAUGUUGGAACAGCUUUUAAAGAGAAUCUCGUACGGUUCUGGCAGCUUUGCCUUUCAGUUAUCAGCUUAGUUCAGAGCUGCUCUGAUCCUUACACAGGUUCUCCAGCACUGUCAGCUGAACUCCUUGUAUCUGUUUCAUCUGCCUUUCAGGAAGUUGUCCAUUCUUCAGGACUUCUGCACCAUUUUGUUAAAACGCCCUUCAACAGCUUGGGUGCCACAAAACAGGGGACUUUCAAUUUUUAUUUCCACAGUCAAUUUGGUUACUGAGUGUGAAGAAAGAAGUUCAACUUCUGCUGUGCUGCUGUGAUAAGGAAUGUAGUCAUACCGUGACUUCAGUACCAGAAUAUAGAUGUUUGGUCCCUUUUUCUGUUCAUCCGUCCUCUCCUGGAGGCUGUCAGUAGAACAUGGGAGGUGGGGGAUGCAGUGGGGUUAAAAUCCCCACUCCAGUGUUUUGGUGCUGGCAAUUCCAGGCCAUUUGCCCCCUUUUUGAGCACAUGUGCAAUAUUCCUGUUUUGGAAUAAGGUACUACCUUGGUAAGUACCAUGGGCACAGCCCUCUCUGUGCUAUGGAGCAGUGUUCUGGCUCUGUUUAAGCAUCCAAAAACCAUGAUGUGGUUGAGUGUGAGCAAGCUGGCGUAACUUUAUCCAGCCAGACCUUUACACGUCGCCUGGCCCUCGAGACAAGCCACCAGCGUUUUACCGCCUUUUUAUUUGCACUUUAUUUUCUUCUUUCCUGAUGGAGUUUUACUAAGGAAGCGUGUUCUUUGGAGGGGCUGGGUUUGGGGGCAGCUGCCACGGUAGGCAUCUCUCUAACCUAACCUUUUGCUCAGACACCUUCUGCAGUGGGAAAUUAGAGUAGGUAAGGCAAACUUUUUAUUUAUUCAGCUGCCCAUAAGAACUUGACUGUAAAUAAACCUGUGUUCUGCUUUUAAAA